AUGUGUCUGUAUCUCCGUAUUUCUCCGCCCGGUUUUCAGUUCAAGAAGUUGCUCAACAAAGAGCUGAACCAGAUCCUCGACGGGGACAAGAUCAGCUCCCAGAUCUCGGAUUACAUCUGUUCCACCUUCCUGGACCAAGAUGAGAGUGAGCAGACGGCGCCUACCCCAGCCGACAAGAACAACAGCAACAGCCUCUCCAAGUCUGUUGAGGAGAACUCUGUGCAGAGCACCAUUACCGCCGAUAAACUUCGGCGCGUGGUACCUGCCUCCGUUCUGGUGAGAGUGGGCAGCUCAACCGGGGGUACCGCUAACGCCACCGGUCCGACGGAGAACUCCCAAAAGACCGUGGUUGUGCUGGGUGCGCGACCCUUCUCGGUC